GAUGCCGGUGUCAAGAAGUCGGAGGUUCAUAAGGUGCGCGCCUAUCUUCUGCGAAUGUCGCGUGACCGUGUCAUUGACGCCUCUACUGAACAGAUCGUUCUCGUCAGUGGGUCCACUCAUAUCCCCAAGGUCCAGCAGCUCCUAAAGGAGUUCUUCAGCGUCAAGCAGUACCAGAAGAAGACCAGCACCGAUAUUAGCAAGAACCUGGGUGUGCUCGGAAAACUCAAGCGUGAGGUAGAGAAGGCCAAGCAUACGCUCUCCGCCCAGCAGUCGACUCGCAUUGAAAUCGAAGCCUUCGAGAACGACAACGACUUCUCCAAGACACUUACCCGCGCUAAGUUCGAGGAGCUCAACAUGGACCUCUUCCGUCGUACCAUGAAGCCCGUCAAGCAGGUUCUCAAAGAUGCCGGCGUCAAGAAGUCGGAGGUUCAAGAGGUGCGCGCCUAUCUUCUGCGGAAGUCGCGUGACCGUGUCAUGGACGCCUCCACUGAACAAAUCGUUCUCGUCAGUGGGUCCACUCAUAUCCCCAAGGUCCAGCAGCUCCUAAAGGCAUUCUUCAGCGGCAGGAAGCCUUCCAAGGGUCCCAACCCAGAUGAGGCCGUCGCGCAAGACACUACUAUCCUAGAUGGCAUCCUUUCAGGUGACGAGAGUUUGCCUGCCAUAGUCCUCGUCAAUGUUUGCCCGCUUACGCACAGUAUUGAGACCACCAGCAGUGUCGUGACCAAGGUCAUUCUUCGCAACAUGGGUCUCCUCACUCACAAGAGCCUGAUCUUCUCAACUGCCACCGACAACCAGCCCACCGUACUGUUCCAGGUCUACGAGGGUGAGCGUUUGUUGAAGAAGGAGAACAAUAGUCUCGGCCAGUUCGAGCUCUCCGGUAUCCCGCCUUCGCCCCGCGGUGCUUCUCAGUUCGAGGGCACCUUUGAGGUUGACACCAACGGUACCAUGAAGGUCUCUGCGGCCGACAAGGGAACGUAUGUGCCUUUUUCAUCAAUGUCUUGCAUGAGUGCAUUGCUUACGUUCCUACAACACCAAGACAACAUCGAGCGCAUGAUUCGCGAGGCUGAGGAGUUCGCCGCGGGGGACGAGGCCCAGCAAACGUGCUUCAAGGCUCUCAACUCGCUCUCUUCCUUCGUUUACACCCUUCAAUUGCAGCUCAACCUUCUCGCACUCGCGAAGGAGAUCACCGACUGGCUCAACGCCGGGGGUAACUCUGCGACUGCAAAGGAGCUCGAGGAAAAGUUUCAGAACGCGCAGGCUGUCCUGAACCUGAUCACCCCAAAGAUGUAUGAGAGUGCUGGUGUGGGUAGAUCUGGCGGUGAUGAGGAGCAAGAUCCGUUCUACGCACACGAUGAGCCGGAAAGAGCGGACUGA